UCCACUCAAGUCACCUGCAUAUUUAUCCUCCUCCUUACACAGAAAUCCACCUCACAUCUCCCUUCCGUGGACCAUUCCCAUAUCCAUCUCCUCCUUCGGAUCCCCACGCCGGCGAGCUUUCCAACUGCAAGGUAGCCAUUGGACCGUGGCAUACAAAGAGGGCUCAUUCCGAAAACACGGAGACAAACACAAUUUAAAGCCCCACCACCCCUGCUGUUUUUGCUCCUCUACGAUCUGAGAGCUCCAAUGGCUGCUCCUCUCUCUUCGUGGCCAUGGGAAAACCUUGGUUCAUUCAAGGCAAGCAAAGCCCAUCUCAACUCCAUCUUCAACCUAAGCAAAGCCCAUCUCAACUCCAUCUUCAACCUACUUACUUUCAAUCUUAACUCCAUUUUUUUCCGCUUGCAGUAUCUCCUCUAUGGUCCUCUUGUCGCAAAGGUCAUCAGUUCCAAAGUAUGGGAGGGAGGAAAAGCAGAAGAAGUUUGGUGCCUUCAUCUCCUCAUCCUUUUUGCUCUCAGAGCUCUCAUUUUUCAGCUAUGGUGGACUUUCAGCAGCAUGCUUUUUCUAACCAGGAAGAGACGCAUCAUCAAAGACGGAGUAGAUUUCAAGCAAAUCGACAAAGAAUGGGACUGGGACAACUUUUUCAUACCCCAAGCAUUCAUGUCAGCGCUGGCUUUCUACCUCUUUCCUUCUUUGAGAAUGCUUCCUGUUUGGGAGCCCAAGGGUUUGUUGAUAGCUCUUGUUCUUCAUGUUGGUUUAUCAGAGCCUCUCUUUUACUUUGCUCAUAGGGCUUUUCAUAGUGGAUUGCUCUUUAACCAUUACCACUCUCUCCACCACUCUUCUCCAGUGCCCAGCACGUUUACAGCUGGGCAUGGGACGCCAGCAGAGUUUAUGGUUAUGAGUUUGGUGAUGGGGCUGCCAUUGAUAGGAGCUAGCUUAAUGGGAGCUGGUUCAGUUGGGCUUUUCUAUGUCUAUGUUCUGCUAUUUGAUUUCCUGAGGUGCAUGGGACAUUCUAAUGUGGAGGUUUUCCCCAGUGGUUUUUUUGAAGCUUUUCCUGUGCUUAGAUACCUGAUCUACACUCCAACGUACCAUAGCAUUCAUCACAUUGAGAAGAACUCUAAUUACUGCCUUUUUAUGCCCUUAUUUGAUGCAUUAGGUGGAACCAUCAACACCAAAUCUUGGUCCUUGCAGAAAGAAAUAAGCUCAGGGAUGAACAACCGAGUUCCUGAUUUCGUCUUCCUAGCUCAUCCAGUUGAUGCCGUGUCCUCCAUGCAUGUAUCUUUCGCCUUCCGCUCUUUCAGUUCCAUGCCCUUCAGAAUUUUGCCUUUCAUCCCCGUACUCUGGCCGGGGGCCUUGCUCAUCAUGCUGCUAAUGUGGGCGUGUUCCAAAACCUUUCUUCUUUCCUUCUACAAUCUCAAUGGCCGAUUGCACCAGUAUUGGGUGGUGCCCAGACAUGGCUUUCAGUACUUCCUGCCUUUUGCUAAGAAGGGCAUCAAUGAUCAGAUUGAGAGGGCUAUACUGAGAGCAGAUAGGAUGGGAGUCAAGGUGAUUAGCCUAGCAGCACUAAAUAAGAAAGAAGCACUCAAUGGCGGUGGGACUUUGUUUGUCAACAAACAUCCCAAUCUGAAGGUUAGAGUUGUCCAUGGCAACACUCUAACAGCUGCUGUGAUUCUUAAUGAGAUCCCUAAGGAUGUGAAAGAGGUCUUCCUAACUGGUGCUACUUCUAAGCUUGGAAGGGCUAUUGCCUUAUACUUAUGCAGGAGGAAAGUCCAAGUCAUGAUGCUGACACUUUCUACUGAAAGAUUCCAAUCAAUACAGAAGGAAGCUCGUGAAGAUUGCCAGCAAUACCUGGUCCAAGUCACAAAAUACCAAGCCGCGAAAAAUUGCAAGACGUGGAUUGUUGGCAAGUGGAUUACAUUUAGCGAGCAGCGGUUCGCUCCGAAAGGAACUCACUUCCACCAAUUUGUAGUCCCUCCAAUCAUAGGCUUUCGACGCGACUGCACCUAUGGGAAACUAGCGGCAAUGAAGCUCCCCAUGGACGUGCAAGGCCUCGGCAUGUGUGAGUAUACGCUCGAUCGAGGAGUGGUGCAUGCUUGCCAUGCAGGAGGAGUGGUGCAUUUUCUUGAAGGCUGGACACAUCAUGAGGUUGGCGCGAUCGAUGUUGAUCGAAUAGAUAUUGUGUGGAAUGCAGCACUCAAGCAUGGUUUAAGGCCAGUUUGAUGUGAAAGAAAUUUUAAAAUCCUUGCUGUCUACUUCCUCUUUGCUCCAGUUAUUCAUUUGUAACAGUGGGAACUUUAGCUUGUCACAGAAAACAUUAGAUUGCUUAAUUGUUACCUUGAAUUUAAUUUUCUACAUUGCAUGUCUAAAAAUAGAA